CGAUAAUUCCUCACACCUUCUUCUUCUUUUUCUUCCACUUUCCCUUUCUAUAAAAUCCCCAUUCCACACCAGCAUAACAGUAAAUAACAACAUCAAUUCACAGCCAUGGAACUCACUCUCCGCCCACUAGAUCUCACCGACAUCGACGACUUCAUGGGAUGGGCAACCGACGAGAAAGCCGCUCGAUACUGCUCUUGGGAGCCCUACCAGGACAAAUCCGAAGCCAUUAAGUUCAUCAAUGACCAAGUCCUUUCGCACCCCUAUUACCGGGCCAUCUGCGUCGAUGGUCGUCCAGUCGGCGCGAUUUCGGUGAUGUCGAACACGGCGGCGAGGGACAAGUGCAGGGGCGAACUGGGGUACGUUUUGGGGUCAAAAUUUUGGGGGAAAGGGAUCGUUACGGCGGCGGUGAAAUUAGUGAUGGAGAGGAUAUUUGUAGAGUGGCCGGAACUGGAGAGGCUGGAGGCGUUGGUGGAUGUGGAGAAUUUUGCGUCUCAACGAGUGAUGGAGAAGGCGGGAUUUCAGAGAGAAGGUGUUCUUAGGAAAUAUGGAGUGCUUAAGGGGAAAGUUAGGGAUUAUGUUAUGUUUAGCUUUCUUAAAACUGAUUUUGUAUCGUAAUUUUUCAUGAAUUGAUGAUGAUGAUGAAUGGAUUAUGGAAUUACUAAAGCUUAGUUAUAUAGAUUAUGAUACAUUCCUAUUUGUGAC